AUGUGGCUAAUGGGCGCAGUGUGCGUGCUAUGCACGUUGCUGCACGCGGUGGACGCACAGUGGAGGUGCCCGGGUCUGUCUGCACGACCAGCGGCGGAGUGCUCCUGCGACCUCCCACACACCCUGCGAUGUGCCGGCGACCAUACUGCUUUACAGGCGAAGAUGAUGAUGGAGACACCACCUCCUCAAGCGAAUCGGAGUCUGAUUAAUAUUCUGUACAUCAUUGGCCGUCACCUCCGAGAGCAAAAAGCUCGAAAUAAGAACACAGCGGUAUCACUCCUGGAUUGUGCCCUUCGAGGAGUGUCAGUGCUAUCCUCUUCAUCAGUAUCAGAACUAGCUGGAGUUGGAUUGCAUGGACUAGUCAUAUCUUCUGGAGACAUAAGGAGGGUACAGCAAGGAGCGUUUAGCACUGUUGCCAGUAGUUUAUUUGCUUUGGGUCUUCCAAACAACCAGCUGUCAGUGGUACCGACUGAAGCAUUGACCAGACUAUGGAACUUAGAUCGCUUAGAUUUGUCGAAUAACAAAAUUCAUACUUUAGACUCUAAUUCGUUUAAGGGUGUUAAGAAUUUGACAUAUUUGGAUCUAAGUGACAACCAGUUGACGGAUAUAUUAGAAGGAGCUUUCGUGCCGCUGGUCAAACUAUCUGUUCUUAGGCUAAGAGGCAAUCUACUGAAAGUAGCGACCCUGGUCACAUUGAAGGAGGCCAACAUGCUAAGGGAUCUAGAUUUGUCCAGUAAUGCGUUAGAAGGACCUUUAGGUCCGUCCACAGUCCCUGCCCUGAGCUGCCUCAAUACACUUCAGUUGUCAGAUAAUACUUUUGCCAGCAUACGACGAGGCGCUCUUUCUGGUCUCACGAACUUAACUCAUUUGAAGUUACACAACAACCAAAUAGAUGUUCUAGAGGACUAUGCGUUCAAACACAUUGCUAACUUGACACACCUGGAUUUGUCCCACAACGAGAUCGUCGCCGUCUCUGGAGCAUCUCUGGCACAGCUAACGAACUUGGUUCACCUGGACCUGUCUCACAAUUUUCUUCGAUCUCUCUCUGCUGAACCACUGAAGUCACUUCGGCGACUGACCGAGUUACUACUCCAUGAUAACGAUAUUUCGAUGAUAGAUGACGAGGCUUUGGCGCUGCACAAGGAUCUCGGCCGGUUCACCAUUGAAGAUAAUCCUCUUAAUUGCGAUUGCCUAAUGGCCGGAUUCGCAAGGUGGUUGAGGGAGGCAAAAAACCUGCCCCAAACAGAUAAAUCUGCUGCCGUGUGUGCCACUCCGCCGCAUUUAGAAGGUGCUUUACUAUCUAGAUUGUCGAAGAACAAACUUUGUGACGACGAACAUGCAGAAAAACAGAAAGACACGAAUUAUGAUUAUAACAAAGUACUAGCGAAUUCCAUAGUUGAUGAUUAUAAGGUUGCCGUUGAGGAUACUGCUGAUGUUUACGUUGAUAAGCAAGAAGGUUUAGAUGAUGAUUUGUAUGAUGAAGAGUUGGAAAUGCCUGCUGAAGAGGAUUUGCCAAUUUCUGAUGCUAAGGUACGCCUAAUAGACGCGUGGCACGAUGACGAAGAAGUCCAUCUAUCCUGGGUAGUGGAACCCCUAUCAGCUAAUCGCUACAGGUGUACUGGAGUGACAGCUUCAAGAGCUGGUGGUCUACCGAAACAUGUGGCCUGCCACAGGGCUACUCCAGCCAAUGUAGUGCUUCGAGGGCUGAAGAUUGAUGCUGUUGACCCUUAUACGUUCUGUAUAGCUUUGGAAGAGAUGGAUAGUUCUGAUAUGCCUCUCUCCUUGGUACUGGGAUGUGGCGCCCCAAUGCAAGUGAGGCAGCGAGCCACAUUCGCUACGGUCGUCCCUAUAGUAGUUACUCGAGCUCCUGAGAGUAAUCCUUUAAGAGUCUCCGAAGUCCGAUCAAACGUAACGAGCGAAGGGGUCCUAACAGUUCUCAUAUCGGUGCUGGGUCUCUCACAAAGACCACAAUACGUUUUACCGCGCUCCCAAAGACUAUCCAACGAUAUUCGACCUAUUAAUAAUUGCUACAUAGUCCUUGCCGUUCUAUCAAGAGGCUCAUUAGUAGCUCAAAAAGAUACUCCAUGCCAAUCUUCUCUAGAAAUAUCUAUGGAAGGCUUUAUCCGAGGACCUUAUGAAGUAUGUGCUGCUAUUUCAAAAUACAAGGUCGAUGAAAGAAGAACCAUUUGUGUGGUCCCACAACUAAUAGAAACACUUGGAUCUUUAGAAAUGAAAGCAGGUUUUAAAAGUCUGAACACAGCGUUAAUAGGCGUGGCUCUUGGUCUGAUGAUAAUAGUGAUUGGGUUAGUCUGGUUUGUAAGAAAGAUGCUGAAGAAACCAGCAGAGUUUGAGCCCCAUAGGUGCUUUAGGCAAGAACCAGUGCAGGAAGAGAAUCCAAGAGCCAGCUAUGUGAUGCUAACAGCAACAUCAAAAGUGUAAAAAGACUCGUCGAAAUAUGUUUUACUAGUCGUGAAAAUUAUCUAUAAUAUAUUUG